AUGGGUCAGCAACAAUCGAAACGCAGUGAUGGUGCACCUUUAUCUGUAGAGAAGCCCGGCGAAAGUCUCCAAUCUUACCCUUCUUUCUCUCGAACGGACACUCGCGAUUCGGGUCGUUCCAUCCGUGGCUCCAUCCGCUCCAAAAUCCCCGGUGGAAAAAGCGACAAGAACGAUAGCCCCCGAGGCUCAAUCUCCACCCUAUCGCGUGGUGAGAACGGUUCACCGGACAAAUCAGAUGCAGGCUCCAUCAAAUCCGCAACAAGUGCAAAGUCCGCUAAUUCCCGAGUUAAUCGUACCUCCGCAGUCUCCUCUACAAUCCCUCCCACGCCCACAACAGCGGAUGACCAGCGUUCCUAUGUGGAUGCUCCAGAUCCUCCUCCAUCGCCUUCCCAGUCCGCUUCCCUAGGCCACGGCCAUAAAAACAUCAAUGAAGUACGCAGAUCUGGCGAGGUUGGCCAUGUUUCCGACACUCCCCCUUCCCGUCCAACCCCAUCCUCCAUUCAUGUGAAGCCUGGAGAAUCUAUUCUCAUAAAGAGAGAAGGAGCUAUAAAUCCUGUUCUGCAAGACGUCGCGGUUACAAGCCAGUCAAUCACAAAUGGUUCGCCUGGAAUGGGAAUUGGUGCUCUGAAAUCGAUUGAUGUCGAUGACAUGAUUACUAGGCUUCUUGAUGCAGGAUAUUCAACGAAAGUCACCAAGGCUGUCUGUUUGAAAAAUGCUGAAAUAAUCGCCAUUUGCAUGGCAGCUCGUGAAGUGCUCCUUAGCCAGCCAGCUUUACUUGAACUUUCGGCGCCUGUGAAGAUCGUGGGAGAUGUCCAUGGUCAAUAUACCGACUUAAUUCGGUUGUUUGAAAUGUGUGGCUUUCCCCCAGCCGCUAAUUACCUCUUUCUCGGCGACUAUGUCGACCGCGGCAAACAGAGUUUGGAGACAAUCCUACUCCUGUUGUGUUACAAAUUGAAAUAUCCCGAAAACUUCUUUCUACUCCGGGGAAACCACGAGUGUGCCAAUGUGACUCGAGUCUACGGGUUUUACGACGAGUGCAAGCGCAGAUGUAAUAUCAAAAUCUGGAAAACGUUCGUCGAUACUUUUAACUGCUUGCCAAUUGCCUCCAUUGUCGCCGGCAAGAUCUUUUGCGUUCAUGGUGGGCUCUCACCAAGCUUGGCCCAUAUGGAUGACAUCCGUGGAAUUGCCCGCCCAACAGACGUUCCCGAUUAUGGAUUACUUAACGAUCUUCUUUGGAGUGAUCCCGCUGAUAUGGAAAAUGAUUGGGAACCCAACGAGAGAGGCUAUUGCGGCGAAUUCGAUAACUGGGGCGCAAUUAUGUCGGUUUCUGCUGAAUUACUUUGCAGCUUCGAGCUGUUGAAGCCUCUCGAUUCGAGCGCCUUGAAGAGCCACAUUAAGAAAGGCAGAAACAAGCGGAACAGCAUGUUGAAUAGUCCUAACGAAGACAGAGCCAACCUCAGCCCUUUGUCACCUAUGACGUUCCAGUACUUCCGCAUGCGGCUCCGCCGCUUUAAUCCCGCCCUAACAUCGACACCAAUGAUUCUUACCCCGAAAACUGUUGUCAACCCGUCCACUUCGCUUCCGAAAUUCCCGACUCUGGUCGUCCAUCCCACUGACAUUGACGAGCAGCGUGGAGUCGUGUGUGAUUCUGAAGUAAGGCGUGUGACCCCCUUCGACAUUUUUCGUGUUGGAGAUGGCCAGGAAGAUGACUUCUGCCAGGCCGACGGUGACUGUUCGAGCGAUAAUUACAAUGGCAAUGACAGUGACGAGAUUCAGAUAUCGGGAUCUCACACCAGGUAUACCCGAAGCACAGCGGCCGCUGCUAAGCGCCAAUGGAUACUGAGCGCGGAAUCUAUUUCUCUUGACGCUUAUGGGAGCCGAAGAUCAUGGUAG